AUGGCGCAGACGAGUUAUAUGGUUCGAUGGACGGGGUAUUCGGUGUUGAUGAUGAACGAUCACUUAACCGUGUUGUAUAGAUUUUGGAUGAUUUUUUCGUAGUUUUUUUUUCGUAUUUGGAACCAAAUUUUGAUAUCGAGACCGCAGAAACGAUAACGAAAAUUUUCGCAUUCAAAUUUUGUUGAUAUUUUAAUUAAACAACGAAAAAAUUGUGUCGAUGGUUCUGUUUCAAAUAAACUGGUGAAGAAAAGUUUGAAUGGUCGAUGCGCCGUCGCAAUAUGAUAAAUGUGAAAGAAGAAGUUGCGUUUUUUUUUGCUCAAUGUUUCGGUUCGUUUGAUUAAAAUGUUCAUGCUUCGGUUGGAAGAAUCAAAAAAAUGGUUAAUGUGAUAAGUAAUAAUUAAAAUUGUGCGCGCGUGCUUAUUCGGUAUAAUCAUAUGUGCGCUGAAAAUGAUUAUGAAUUAAUUACCAAAUGACAUGCCUUUAUUGUUGAACUGAUUCGUUGAAAUUAUUUAUUAUUUUUUUCAUUCUUUAUCGUUCGAAUAAUUAAAAAUGUCGUCGGCAAUAAUUGUAGUCAAAUUAGUUGGCAAUGUAACAGGAAGUGCAUAGUGUGUGAAAUCCACUUACCUUGUGUGGUAAAAAUUACUGCUUUUAAAAUGAAAUAUAAUGGAAAAAAAUGGUCGGAAUAUAUGCAAUUAUUUUGCUAACAUAAUGUCGAUCAUAAUUUAAUUCAUUACGACAAUAAUUGGCAUUUCUGUCACUUCUAAGAGAAGAUCGGAGUGAUUCACACACAGUAGUGUUUUAGUGGAUUUUCUUGAAAAAGAGUAAAAAAUAUUUGAAGAAAAGAGAAAUUAGUUUUGUGUUAAGUUUAAGCACGUAAGGAUUAUAUCGUACAAAAAAAAUGGAUAUGACUGGAGCAAAUUCGCUUAAUAUGCGGCCACUUUGGGGCGGCGGAUAUCCUUUUCAAGGCCAAGGACGCGUGAAUCAAUUAGGAGGCGUAUUUAUAAAUGGUAGACCACUACCGAAUCAUGUGAGACUGAAAAUCGUCGAAAUGGCCGGUGCUGGUGUACGGCCGUGUGUGAUCUCCCGUCAGUUGCGCGUUUCACACGGAUGUGUUUCGAAGAUACUGAACCGUUAUCAAGAGACUGGCUCAAUACGACCCGGAGUGAUCGGCGGAUCGAAGCCAAAAGUGGCAACGCCAGAAAUUGAAAUGAAAAUCGAACUCAUGAAAAAGGAGAAUCCGGGGAUAUUCAGCUGGCAGAUAAGGGAAAAAUUGGAAAAGAGUUCUGAGGCAAAUGAACAGAGGGACAGUGGGCGUCCCGUUCGGGCAGCCUCAAUCGCAGUAUCUUUGCAAAAUGAAGGAAUAGCGGAUCCACCCAGUGUAUCAUCGAUAAGUCGACUUCUAAGAUCGGAUCAUCGCCGGGACGAAGACGGAAGAAAGGAUUACAGCAUUCAUGGCAUAUUAGGCGGACGCAGUACUGAUUCAAGUGACACCGAAUCCGAACCAGGAAUCCCACUGAAGCGAAAGCAGCGCAGAUCAAGAACAACAUUUUCCGGUGAUCAACUCGAAGCACUUGAAAGGGCAUUUGCUAGGACCCAAUAUCCGGAUGUCUAUACGAGGGAAGAGCUCGCCCAAUCAACCGGUUUAACUGAAGCAAGAAUUCAAGUAUGGUUCAGCAACAGAAGGGCACGAUUGCGAAAACAUGCCGGUUCGGGUAUAUCAAGCAUGCCGCCAUCGUUAAGUUCAUUGAGUGGACUUCAAAUACCACCGCAAUAUUCUGGAACGCCGAUGGGAAAUGAUGCAAACCAAAUGGCAUCCCACUAUGAUCAUCUAGUCUCACAGUCGCAUCAACAUGCCUUUUCAUCGGGAUUCCAACAUCCAUCGUUUACCGGCCAAAAUUAUACAAAUCCGGUGCAUUCGUUCCAAGAUUAUUCAAAAUUAACAGCUGAAGACUACUCCAAAUUAACAGCUGAUCAAUUAUCGAAAAUGACACCGCCUAUGGUGGAGAAUUAUGCGAAAUUGGAGGGAAACUGGAGCCAGAGUUUCGGUCAUCCGAAUCCGCAAGGGUAUCAUCCCCCAGUCAACGAUUAUAAUCAGAUGCAAAGCUACACAAAUCCGAAUUCUAAAUACUGGGCUUAGACUCUGUGGAUCAGCCUGACCUAUUUUCUGUUUAUUUUAAGUUUUAUUCUCCUGUGCUGAGACAAUAAAUUAAAAUAAGACAAUAAAAUGUAAUGAUCAUCCAUCGGGCGAAUCCGGAAGAAACAUAAAAUUUAAUUGCAAAUGUUAAUCGUCUACUAACUGCAGGUAGAUGCAGUCGAUUUGCAGUGUAUUAU